CCCUUAACGCCGAUCGGCCAUCGCACCUCUUCCCACGCACAUCGAUAACCUCUUGCUCGUUUCGAUUGUUCCCUUGACACACCACAUCGGCCAACUUAGCACAAGAUGGCCUCGCAGCAAGCCGUGUCCAAUGUAGAAGAGCUAGAGCAGGAGGAGUACGACUAUGAAGAUUUGCAGGGAGUGCCGCUUAGCAUCUCCAUGCUUGCUGGAUCACUGGCGGGGAUCAGUGAACAUGCCUUCAUGUUCCCAGUGGAUGUGAUUAGGACUCGUAUGCAGAUUCUCUCUUCACCAAGUCAAGUGCAAUAUUCAUCUGUGCUCAAUGCUCUCACCCGCAUCACAUCCGUCGAAGGCGCAAGGACACUCUGGCGUGGAGUGAAUUCCGUCAUCCUCGGUGCAGGCCCCGCCCACGCCCUCUACUUUGGUACCUACGAGGUGAUGAAAGACCUCACCGGAGGCAACAGACAAGGACACCAGUGGGCUUCUACAGCUUUCGCAGGAGGUUCCGCCACAAUUGCCUCGGACGCCUUUAUGAACCCCUUUGAUGUGAUCAAGCAGAGGAUGCAGAUGGAGAAUUCCGCUCAUCGAUCCGUCUUCAAGUGCGCACGUACAUUAUACCAAACCGAAGGUCUUCGCGCCUUUUACAUUUCCUACCCCACUACCCUCACAAUGACUGUACCUUUUACAGCUGUGCAAUUCUCCGUGUACGAAUGGGCAAAGAAGGUGCUCAACCCUUCAGAGUCCUACUCGCCCAUGACACACGUCAUUGCGGGUGGAUUCUCGGGAGGAGUAGCAGCAGCCGUCACCAACCCACUGGACGUGGCCAAGACGCUUCUGCAGACGCGGGGUAACAGUAGUGAUGCGGAGAUUCGGGGAGCUAGUGGAAUGAUCGAGGCAUUGAAGGUCAUCAAGAAUCGGGAGGGGAUGAAGGGAUUUGCCAGGGGACUCACACCGCGGGUGCUUACGUUUAUGCCCUCGAAUGCUCUUUGCUGGCUGUCGUAUGAAGGCUUCAGGUUCUUCCUCAACCAACGGUCAAAGGAGAACUCCAAGACCGCGUAGAGACUGUAGUCUCGGCGAGUAGUAGGGCAAGUGUGGGAGAGCGGCGGCGAGGAGUACAAGAAAGGAA